AUGUGUACUGAUGCAUGUCCGUCCUACGCAGGCGUCAAGAAGGUUGAAACGAAUCUUAAAGAUCAGCUUGUCCUCAUCGAGGGCACAGCGCCACCUAGCUCGAUAGUCACUGCCAUCCAAGCUACUGGUCGGGAUGCGAUUCUACGUGGAAGCGGCACAUCAAACAGUACGUUAUACCUCCCCUUGGGCGGACAGACUUGCGAGGGCGGUACUGAUCUGGUGAUGCGAUACGCGACAGGUUCUGCAGUCUGCAUAUUAGAGACGCACUCGACGGCCGUAUCGAAUAAGAUCCGUGGACUGGCACGCAUGGUGCAGGUGUCCUCGAACCUGACUCUGGUAGAUCUGACCAUCAACGGGCUGGCACCGGGAAAAUACUGGGCGACUGUCCGGGAAGCGGGGGAUAUCUCGCGAGGCGCAGAAUCUACGGGGGGUAUCUGGGAGGCCUUGAAGGCUAAGGUAAUGGGUUCCGAGGCGCCCAAGGAGCCGCGCGGCGUGUUUGGGAGUGUGGAUGUGGAUAACAAGGGCCGGGGGAAUGUCUUCUUGGAUCGACCGGUGGCGAUUUGGGAGCUGAUUGGGCGGAGUAUGGUCGUAUCCAAGAGCCAGGAAGGCCCAUUUCAACGAGAGGAUCCUGAUACGUUAGUCGGUGUGAUCGCUCGCAGUGCGGGCGUGUGGGAUAAUGACAAGAUUGUCUGCUCAUGUUCGGGGAAGAAUGUAUGGCAGGAGCGACAGGAACAGGUCUCUCAGGGAAUGGUGUAG